CUUCAAAGCAUUAAUCCCUUCGCAACUCCAUUUUGUAGAUGGCGUCUAUACACCCUCUUCAACCCAGCGGAGGCGGCGUCAGGAAGCAAGGAAAGGGUAUCCCAAUAGAAGUUCCAACCACAGCGAGAAGGCUAUCCAACUUUUCGUUACACACAAGUAAUCCGAAUCUUUUGACAGGAUCGAGGGAUGGUGGCAGUAUCAAGAGAAGAUCCAGCACAUCUUCGCAUCACAGUAACAGUUUUAGUGUUGUUGGAGAAAUCGGAAGCCCUAGCAGGCAAGCGACCGACAGGGGCAAAAAGCAGACAGAUAUUGUGUUGUUAAGCGAUGAGGACGAACAGAAAGGAUUAUUAGUUGGUGCAAUGAAGCGGAGAAAGACCAGUGUUUCGAGCAAAAGCAUGCUAACACCACCAACAGACCAGAUAACCUCAUCUACAUCAGUUGUAUCACGAAUGAAAAAACAUCUGGCAUCAUCAUCAACAUCAUUACCGUCAUCUGGACCGCUAUCAAAAACAGAAUCUAAUCUCAUUGCUAGCUCAGAGUUAAUACCAGUGGCGCCAGCAAAGAUAGCAGCAUCAUCUGUAGCCCCAGAACAAAGUAUAACCUCUGUACCGAGUUCUCGUGAGAAUAUACCUCUACCACCUGGUUCAUUAUCUGAAAAAGUUCUACGCUUAGGGAUGGGGACAUUUCCACAGGCUUCUAUUAAAUCUGUGCGCUUGGGGAGCAGAGUGGAGCUCACUUCGCCGGGAAUGAUGAUUCAAUUUGGUCCAGAUCGGCUCAUCCUCACCAUUGAUAAAAACAUAACGAAAAUAUCUCACGAAAAUAUCAAGUGUGUCGAGUACAAUAUGAAUGGAAAACCUAUUAUAUUCGCACUCCAAACUAAGGAAUCACUUCCGCCAGAAUCAGCGUUGGAACCAUAUUACGAUCCAGAUCCAGGACUUCUCUCAGGAAAAGCACGCAAAAUUGUAUUGAUUAGCGAUGCUGAUGCCCAAGACUUUGUGGAGUGCUGCAGGCGCCUUGAACGAAAGAAGAUUCCAAUGAGAGAAUUGCCGCUUGACAUCGUGGAGAAAAUUCUCGUCGGUCAUAACAAACGGCACAUGACUAAAGAACCUAGUUCUUCGGCUAUGAUACCAGCUAAAGCACAAGGGCAAAAGAAAUCAGCCGAUGAAACGUUGUUUAUGUUUCCGUUCAAGAGCAGUACAAAGUCAAAAUCAAUAGCAGUGCGUGUUGAUGAUAUGUCCCGUUUAAAUGAUGAUGAGUUUUUGAACGAUACCCUAAUUGAGUUUGGUCUCAAAUAUAUUCAUGCAAGCGUUGAAAAUGAGAACCGGGAACUAGCAGAUGCGACAUAUAUUUUUAAUUCAUUUUUUUACGAGCGGCUCGUCACAAAGUCAGGGAAAGGGAUCAACUAUGAAUCUGUCAGGAGUUGGACCAACAAAAUCGAUAUUUUCUCCAAAAAGUUUAUUAUCAUCCCUAUUCAUGAAAAUGUGCAUUGGUACUUAGCUAUCAUAAGCAACCCGGGGCUUUUGUUGAGUACAGAAAACAGGAUUGAUACGGAUGCUGAUAUCGACACUACACUAAACAGAAAGGAUGAAACACUUACUUCCUUAUCAUCAUCGCCAAGCUCACUCUCAAUUUCUGAAACCCUUUCUACAACGUCGGGAGAAGCGAUGCGGACCAAUCUUCUCCAAGAUAUAUCCUUUUUGGCAUCACCAAGGAAUCGCGCAAAAUUACGUGUUGAUGACGAAAGAGAACAAGCUGAAAGAUUACCGCGGUCUUCUGCUGCGGCAUGGGUGGAUCCAGAGAAGAAACCAUUCAUUAUAGUUCUGGAUUCGCUGGGUAGCUCCCAUCCUUCAGUUUUUAGAAGUUUGCGACUGUACUUACAGCAAGAACUGUUGACGAGAAAGAAUAUUGAUAGGGCAAUUGACUCAAAAGAUGUUCCUGGAAAAUUAGCCAAAUGUCCCCAGCAAGAAAACUUUUGCGAUUGUGGACUGUUCUUGCUACAUUAUGCGGAGGUGUUUCUCAAACACCCCGAUGCUCUUCUGAAUGGUAUUUUGAACAAAAGCGAUGAUAUGAGCAAUUAUUGGGCCGUGGGAGAUCUAAUGCUCAAGAGGGAGAAAUACCGUCAGAUUAUGAUUUCGCUUGCUGAGCAGUACAAGGCAUACUUAUUUUCACAACAACAGAUCGAGAAAAUUAAGGAAUCAGGUUUGCAUCGUGCUAUUUAGCUCGAAAUAUAGAUUGUAAAGUAGGAGCUGUUGCGAGUAUUAACAGGAAAGGAAAGAUACAACAACACUUAACUGCGUAGUGACAGACACAGCA